GUCCCUCCCAGAUUUCAGAGCCAGCAAGCAGUCUCUCCGCACUGCAGCCCGAGCCAAUUGCAAAAGACCUAACAAAGCCCAGCCCAGCGGAAGGAACGGUUUCAGAGUUGUUUGUUUCUCUUCGAUAAAAGAGCUCUCUCUUCCUUGUUCUCGCUUCUACUCUUUCUGGUGUUUGACCGAGCAACCCCCCAAAAGCAAUUCAGAGUGAUUAGUAAAAGAAAACGCACCAAAAGCUCACAGACACAAAAAGGAUGAAAUUCCUUCUGAACAGCCUCCUGCUUCUGCCCUUACUAAUCAUCUUCUCCUUAGAGUCUUUGGUGAAGCUUUUUAUUCCUAAGAAGAGAAAAUCGGUCACCGGUGAAAUCGUCCUGAUUACAGGAGCCGGACAUGGAAUUGGGAGACUGACUGCCUAUGAAUUUGCCAAACUUAAAAGCAAACUGGUUCUCUGGGAUAUAAACAAGCAUGGAAUUGAGGAAACAGCUGCUGAAUGCAAGAGACUGGGUGCCAGGGUUCAUGCCUACGUAGUAGACUGCAGUAACCGCGAAGAUAUUUACAGCUCUGCAAAGAAGGUGAAGGCUGAAGUUGGAGAUGUUAGUAUUUUAGUAAAUAAUGCUGGUGUAGUCUACACAUCAGAUUUGUUUGCUACACAAGACCCUCAGAUUGAAAAGACUUUUGAAGUUAAUGUACUUGCACAUUUCUGGACUACAAAGGCAUUUCUUCCAGCGAUGAUGGAGAGUAAUCACGGCCAUAUUGUCACCGUGGCUUCGCUAGCUGGGCAUACUGUUGUCCCCUUCUUACUGGCUUAUUGUUCAAGCAAGUUUGCUGCUGUUGGAUUUCAUAAAGCGUUGACUGAUGAACUGGCUGCCUUAAAAAGAACUGGAGUCAAAACAACAUGUCUCUGUCCUAAUUUCAUAAACACUGGCUUCAUCAAAAAUCCCAGCACCAGUUUGGGACCCACUCUGGAACCCGAGCAAGUGGUGAACAGCCUGAUGGAUGGGAUCUUGACUGAGCAGAAAAUGAUUUUUGUUCCAUCUUUUGCAAGCUUUUUAAUGGUAUUGGAAAGGGUUCUUCCUGAACGUUUCCUGGCAGUUUUAAAACAAAAGAUCAAUGUUAGGUUUGAUGCAGUCAUUGGAUAUAAAAGUAAAGGGCAGUAAGUCUUCUGAAAACCGACUUACCAGGUUUAAGUUGAUUUUAUCUAGCAUUAAUCAGAAUUUGAAUGUUUGGACUUUUGUUUUUACUAAUUAUCCUUUUUCUUUCAAUAUCACUUUUUGAGGCUCUGUCGAUCCUUAUUUAUUAUUACUUGUUUGUUCUUUAGCUAAAAGCUGAUGACAUAUAAUACAAACAGAAAUAUCUUGAUGUUGACUUGAAGGAAAAUGAGGAAAAAGAACAAAAACAAUUUUAUUAAGAUCAUUUCCAGGACUUUGUGGUUCAUAUGAAGGCUUUGCAAAAUUUGUACUAUGAAUGUUUCUUUAAGAUAUAUUUUUAUUUUUAAUUGUACUUAAAUUUUAUAUAAUUCACAUUUUCUUUUCUAUUCUACAUAAAAUAAGAAACUUCAAGCUCUCUAAAUAUAAUGAAGGACUGUGUCUAGGGGCAUUUCACAAUGAAUUUCAUGAUCUCUCGAACAUUUCAUCCUAUACGUUACCACUCUGUUUCCUGGGAGAUACCUCACGUUCCAAUGCCAAACACUGCAGCACAAGGAAACUAGACAUGGACACGUGUUACAAGAAUAAAAGCAUCACUGGGAUUUAAGGCGGAGAAUUGGGAGAAUGUACCCAUAAAUGGCAAUAAUAAUAAAUGGAUCAAACUU